AGUUCCUGUGAUGCCCCAGGGCGGGCUGAGCUGGCCGGGUCGCGAUGCCGUACGUGGACCGACUGAAUCGUUUCUGUGGCUUUCUGGACAUCGAAGAGAAUGAGAACAGCGGCAGGUUCCUGCGCCGGUACUUCAUCCUGGACACCCAGCAGGGCAGCCUGAUGUGGUACUCGGACCACCCACAGAAUCUGCCUAAAGGUGCAGAGAACGUGGGAUCUCUCAAACUCACUUACAUCUCCAAGGUCAGCGAUGCCACCAAACUCAGGCCAAAGGCAGAGUUCUGCUUUGCUAUAAACGCAGGGAUGAGGAAGUUCUACCUGCAGGCCAACGACCAGGAGGAUCUGGUGGAGUGGAUCAGCGUCCUCAACAAUGCCACUAAGAUUACCGUGCCAAAGCCUGAAGAGGGUCCAACCACUCACGUUGAGACACCGCAGGAAGUCCUCGGUGCCAUGAAGCAGGUCUCUUACAAGACUGAGAUCAUAGGUGGAGUCCCUGUCAUCACACCCACCCAGGAGCAGGGAGCGGGCCAGAACGGGUCGGAUCGGGGAAAACGGGCUCACACUCAGCUGCCGUACUACCUGUCCAGAGGAGCUCAGGACCAGCCCUUCAUCAAGGCCGGAUACUGCGUUAAACAAGGAGCUGUGAUGAAGAACUGGAAGAGGAGGUACUUCAUGCUGGAUGAAAACGCUGUCAGCUACUACAAAUCUGACCUGGAACGGGAGGCGCUGAGGGUCAUCCCGCUGAAGGAGAUUCACAAAGUCCAGGAGUGCAAACAGAGCGAGCUGAUGAUGAGGGACAACCUGUUUGAGAUAGUCACCGGCUCCAGAUGCUUCUACAUACAGGCCGACAGUCCAGAGGACAUGCACAGCUGGAUCAAGGCGAUCUCAGGGGCCAUCGUCGCUCAGCGGGGUCCUGGACGCUCCGCCAACACGAUCCGUCAGGCCAGGCGGCUGUCCACCCCAUGUAUACAGAGGUAUACGCCGUUCUGCAGCGGUGAAUGCAGCACGAGCCCAGUGACCCCCCAUCUCCCUCCUCAGCACCAUCCCUCAGCUUCCGCUACGCCCUCAACUCGGAGCCACGCCCACCAGGAUCCUCCUCCGCGGGUGCUCAGCCUAACGCUGGACACGCAUCACCAGGACAACUUCCUGGGCCUCCUCCCGUGGAGGCUCAGCGGCGUUCAGUCGAUGGUGGUGCCGCUCCCGUCCACGCGGUCCCGCCUGUCGCUGCAGGAGACGGUGCAGUCCUCCAAGUGAUGGAGGUGGAUGCGUUACCAAGGGAACACAGCAGCAACGGUGAGACGCAGCCAAGCGGUCGCCCCCCUCAGAAUUUUGACAAGCAGAUGACCCUGAUGUGAUGAUGAUGGACGUGGUGAAACACACACACUUCCACACUCCCCGACAGGCCAAACGACCUGUGACGUAGCUACCGGGACCAGUUUUACCUGCGUGGGAUUCCACCUGCUUCCUUUCGUCUUCCUGUGUCUGUCUCGUACAUCUCGUACCGUGAAGCCAUGGCUCGUUGCAGCUGCUCGUCACACCGCCGGUGUUGUGAUUCACGUAUCCAGGUGUUGCUGGAGGUCCAACCGACUGUUGCAGCAUCUCACUUUGUUUUUUAAGACUUUCCUGAUCCUCGUUACAAACACUUUCAUUCUGCAUUUCUGCUGAGGAGCCGUCCUCGUUUCGCCUCCUGAGCACUGAGCACCAGAUUCACUGCAGCUGCUUCGCCAGCUCAGAGUUACGGCAUCAGGAACGGCGGUAACCAUCCUCUGUUCAAGCUUUGCUGCAAAGCUGACUGGCGUAGAUUUGUGGGAUCAGACAGCUGCUGAGUUUUAAUUAAUCAGUUCUGGGGACAUGUUGGACGAGUUAAAGCUGCAGUACCGGGUCAGAAUCGUGCUUCAGGCAAGCUGCAGUUCCACCAACCAACCACCAGGUGGUGCUUGACAGGUUGACAUCCUCAGAAGCUCAAUAUUUGUGAAUUAAAACUCCUCAUAUUAAUGAGUGUGAAUCAUAAUUCCUCUCCUUUUUUAGACAGUAAUUAGACUUUCAUCUGGUCUUCACAGCAAAGGAAAAACUCCAGAUAUCUCAGGACCAAGCUUCGUGGUAAGCUGACAGAUGCAUGGUCCUUGAGGGCCACCAUCCUGCAGGUUUUUAGAGAUGUUUCCUUCUUCAGCUCAGCGGAUCGUUAACAGCUAAUCGCAGUUAAGGAGAUCAGUUUUAUCUGAAUCAGGUGUGUUGGAGCCGGAAAACAUCUAAAACCUGCAGGCUUGGAGGACUGGAACUGGACAGACUCAGCUGUUCGCUGAUUAAACUAAAGUCUAAAGAAUAUUUGUUGCAGUACCGACUUUUUUUACUUUAUUUAAAGAAUUAAGGAGAGAAAUUUACAGACGUUAUCAGAUCAGAAAUGUUUGUAUCUAAUUAAAUCAUGUUUAGCUCUUAAAAUAAUAAAAUUCUAAAACUUUAAACUGCAGAAAAGUUCAGUUAUAAUAGAUGGAGUUGUUGUCAUGGUGACGGUUGCUGGGAUGGUGUAUUCUGACCCUGCGUCCACCACGUUGACCCCCAGCUGCUGCAGAGAAUCUGACCUCUGCGCUCCGAGCGAAGCCUUGGGAUGGCAGCGGCAUCACCAGCCUCCCCCACCAGUCUGUGCGCCCCCUCUAACCCCCUCCCUUGGCGUGUGUGGGUGUUUUAUCUGCAGGACUCGUGUCCGCUCCCUGGUUGUGGGUUUUUUUUUUUUUUUUGCUUUUUUUUUGCUUUUCUGACCUUUAGUUUUGAUAUUAUUUACAGCGAUGACAAAUAAACACUACAUAUUUGUUGUUUACUGACUUUUAUAAACACGUGUGCAUGAGUGCAUGCACACACACCCCUCUCCCCCGUCCCCCCCAUGACACAUAAGCUGGGUAAAGUGCCUGCAUUGAUCUUUUUAAAGAGUUGAUAAGAAAAAUAUGAGGAACUAUUUUGAUCCUUUUUAGUGUGUAUGUGAUUCUAAGACCAUGUGCUCUAUUUAUUAAAAGAUACUGAAAACAA